AUGGAUCGCCGGUCUGUUUAUUCAGCGCAUGUCUUCGAGCCCAGCUACGCUGAGAAUGGGGACACCCGGCUGCAGCUCCUGCAACAACUCGAGACCUUUAUUCUUGACUUUCGCCUCGACAAUAACUUUGUCUAUCGUGAUCAGCUACGAGAGAAUGCGCUUCUCAAGCAGUACUACUGUGACGUCAAAGUCAACGACCUCAUCAACUUCAACGAAGAGCUCGCUCACAAGCUCGCUUCCGAGCCUGCGGAAGUCAUCCCUCUUUUUGAGGCGGCCCUUAAAAAGUGUACACACCGAAUCGUCUUCCCGCACGAGAAGGAGGUCAAUCUCCCCGAUCACCAGCUUCUGCUCCACUCCGAUGCCGAAGAUGUGUCAAUCCGUAACCUGGACUCCAUGACGAUCGCCAGGCUUGUUCGCGUCCCCGGUAUCGUCAUUGGUGCUUCCGUCAUGUCAUCCAAAGCCACGGAGCUGCACAUCCAGUGCCGCAACUGUCAAUUCCAGGAGGUCAUCCCCGUGUUGGGCGGCUUCACCGGUGUAACGCUUCCUAGACAGUGUAAUCGCAAGCGAAUUGAUAACGAUCCUACGCCCAAGUGUCCUCUAGAUCCAUACUUUGUUAUGCACGAAAAGUCACAAUUUGUUGACCAGCAAAUCAUCAAGUUACAAGAAGCACCGGACCAGGUACCAGUUGGAGAACUGCCUCGGCAUGUUCUCAUUUCGGCAGAUAGAUAUCUCACAAAUCGCGUUGUUCCCGGGUCAAGGUGCACGGUCAUGGGCAUCUUCUCCAUCUACCAGAACAAGGCGUCCAAAAACUCAUCCACUACCGGCGCCGUUGCCAUCCGAACGCCGUACCUGAGAGCAGUUGGCAUCCAAACAGACUUGGACCAAACUGCCAAGGGCCACGUUAGCUACAGUGAGGAAGAAGAACAGGAAUUCCUAGAAAUGAGCAGGCGACCGGACCUGUACAAUGUAAUGGCGGACUGCAUUGCGCCCUCCAUUUAUGGAAAUCGAGAUAUCAAGAAGGCGAUUCUCUGUCUACUACUAGGUGGAUCCAAGAAGAUUCUACCCGACGGUAUGAAGCUGAGAGGUGAUAUCAACGUACUACUUCUCGGAGACCCGGGUACCGCAAAGUCACAGCUCCUUAAGUUUGUGGAAAAGGCAGCACCAAUCUCCAUCUACACGUCCGGUAAAGGUUCUUCCGCCGCGGGUCUGACAGCCUCCGUCCAACGGGACCACUCUACAAGGGAGUUCUAUCUAGAAGGCGGUGCCAUGGUUUUGGCUGAUGGUGGUGUGGUUUGUAUCGAUGAGUUUGACAAGAUGAGAGACGACGACCGCGUCGCUAUCCACGAAGCCAUGGAACAGCAAACCAUUUCCAUUGCCAAGGCUGGCAUCACCACCAUUCUUAAUGCCAGGACAUCUGUCCUGGCCGCGGCAAAUCCCAUCUUCGGCCGUUACGAUGACAUGAAGACGCCCGGAGAGAACAUUGACUUCCAAACGACCAUUCUGUCUCGUUUCGAUAUGAUCUUCAUUGUCAAAGAUGAGCACACUCGCGAAAAGGAUGAGAGAAUAGCCAAGCACGUCAUGGGUAUUCACAUGGAUGGUCGUGGUACGGAAGAGGUCGCCGAGUCUGAGAUUCCUGUCGAGAAGAUGCGACGAUACAUUACAUAUUGCAAAACUCGCUGUGCACCCCGUCUGAGCCCCGAAGCCGCGGAAAAGCUCUCGUCACACUUUGUCUCCAUCAGACGUCAAGUCCAUGCCGCCGAGCUGGAAGCAAAUACCCGCUCUUCCAUCCCCAUCACAGUCCGUCAGCUCGAGGCCAUUGUUCGUAUCACCGAAUCCCUCGCCAAACUGACCCUCUCGCCCAUCGCCACGGAAGAACACGUUGACGAAGCCAUCCGCCUGUUCCUCUGCUCUACCAUGGAUGCUGUCAACCAGGGCAGCAACCAAGGUAGUCGCGAGCUGAACGAGGAAGUCAACCGUCUUGAAGUCGAACUCAAGCGUCGAUUACCCAUUGGGUGGAGCACCAGUCUGGCUACGCUAAGGAGAGAAAUGGUUGAGGGGAAGGGAUACAGUGAGCAGGCACUCAACAGGGCUCUCAUGGUGCUGCAGCGGAGGGAUACAAUCAUGUUUCGGAAUUCAGGGGCACAAGUAUAUCGGCACGGAGCGUAA